CUUCCUCAAGACAAGUCUUUCUAGCCGUUCUAGAGAAACGAGGGAGGGGAGCCUGCUUGGCCUGCCAAGAGUGGAGAAUGUGAAAAAUCAUUGUACUUCCAGGCAUCGUUAAUGCAGCAGGAAUACAUUGAAGACCAGUGGAGAACAUUGUAAAGAAGUCAGUUAAUUAAAAGCAGUCCAGUGCAACGGAAAAGCAAAAAUAGAUUAUCGAUGAAACGUGGAAAGACCGAGUUGCCGACCAUGGAAGUCAUGAUGGAAGAAAUUAUACGUCUUAAAGAAAGGCAGGAAGAGGAUAAGCAGGCUUCUGAUAAAAGAGUGCAGGCUCUUGAAGACGAUAAGCAGGUUUCCGAUAAAAAAAUACAGGAUCUUCAAAACGAGCUAAGCUAUUUUGUAAAAAAGUCUCAAGAAACCGAUGAUGACCUUAAAAAAAGGCAGGAAGAGGAUAAGCAGGCUUCCGAUAAAAGAGCGCAGGCUCUUGAAGACGAGCUAAGCUAUUUUGUAAAAAAGUAUCAAGAAACCGAUGAUGACCUAAGAAAAAGCAUGGCUAAAAUCGAUGAGCUGGAAAAAACGACAGAUCUGUUAUAUAUAGGUCAGUUAUGUGCGAAUUUAACGGAAGAAAUUUACCGUGACUUUGCGCCAAAUUACUUUUUUAAUGAAAAAGGAGAAGAAAAAACAGACUACAAGCAACCUCAUCUAAAGGAACUUGAUAGAAAUAUUGAAAGGUUUCAUCCAAAAGCAACCAAACGGAGAAUAACUCAAAAGAGAUGGGCAAUGAAAGAAGAAGAAAUUGGCAAAGAUGUAAUCUGCUACAUGGAAAAUACAAUGGCUAUGAGGAAUUUGGAGGCUCAUCCUUCCCCAGUAAAAAARCAAAAGCUAGAAGAAAUUGCAGAUAGGCUUGAUGGUCACAGCAAAUCUUAUCUUAAAAGGGUUAUUGCCUUAGCRCACGAGUAUCCUAAUGCUUUCAGAGAAAGUUGUCAACCUUUUGYCACAAGUAGUGACCGAAACAACGCUAUCCAAAGUUACUGAAAUGUUCAAGAGAACAUUAUGUACUAAAUCCGUGAAACAAAUAAUGUUUUUGUUUACUGGAACUUUACGUCUAGUCUCUCCAAUGCACUACAACAUCUUACACCAAAAUCGUGAAGAUCCGAACUAGCAGUUCACUUCAUAAAGAAAACCACAGGGCAGCGGGAUACUUGUGACAUUUCUGUAACCAAAUUGYCCUAUUGCAUAAUUACGUCACAACGAAAAAUUCUAUUGUUUUGACGCUAAGGAUUAUGGUCGCCAGAGGGAUCAGAGUGACUGCAUAUCAAGUAAAAUAUACAUGAGCAAUCAUUGGUACAUAAUCAAAAUUCGAUACAUUGAAGUUCUACYUUCRAAAAGAAUGCUAAUAGKUACCAAUUUCGAGUUUCGAGUCUUUCUGAGCAACUAUCWACAAUGUAAACAUACUGUGKCGUCAUUAUGAUGUAGGUCAAUAGAACUCUGAAGGUUUUACAUCUUUUACCAAGUACGCAAUGCAUUGUAGGGUAUGUUUGGGASAGAACAUGGCGGAUUUCUUUURUUUUCUUUAGAAACUGAUCUACACAAUGCAUUGCAAAUKAAGUAGUGACGUAAAAGGUUCAGAGKUCUAUUGUAURCAGCUAUUURCGAUGACGUUGAGCACUAWAAAUAGUGCAUUCCAAUAUCAAUUGUAUUGUUGAUGUUGGUAGUCUAUAGCCGCCGCCUAAACRAUUUCCCUGGCGCAAUUUCUAUUUUGAAAGAGYAGUAGUAUAGUAUGGUAAUAAGUGUUACUCAGUUUUAGCUUUUUUCAUUAAAGAUUUCAUUACACUUCA